AUGGUGGACUCACAGUCGCCGCCCAUUCCACUCAUCCUCUCGCCGUGCAGCAGCGGAAGGCGGAGCAGCUGCGACUCCAAAUCGCCGGAAUUCGAGUUUUGGAUGGUCAGAAAUCGGGUCAAUUUCCCCCAGCCCGAUCUCCUCUCCGCCGACGAGCUCUUCUCCGACGGUUUCAUCCUCCCCCUCCGCCUGCUGGAUGUAUCAAACGAUCCUCCGCCGCCGCAGGCGGAGGCGGCGACGGAGGAUUGUGAUGGUAUCGGGCCGGAUCGGGCUCCGGAUCCCGAACCUUUGACGGUAAACGAAUUGCCGGCUACUUCCAAGCGCUGGGGGAACAUAUUCCAUAAAAUUAGGGAAAAAAGGGGGUUAGAUUCGUCUCCGGGUGGUGGCAGCGGCGGCGGCGGGGAAGAUCGGAGUACGAAGGAGAAGGAUUUGGUCGGCUGUGUGAAGGAGAAGAGGCGAGAUCAGAAGAAGGUUAGCGGCGGUGGAGGUGUAGCCGCCGCCGCGGAGCUGAAUAUCAACAUAUGGCCGUUCUCGAGGAGCAGAUCCGCGGGAAACGGCGGUAAUCGGCCGCGAUCGGCGGCGAAUAGGAAGGUGAGCAGCGCGCCGUGCUCCCGGAGCAACUCCACGGGUGAGUCCAAGCUCAGGAAGUGGCCGCCCAACAGCCCCAGCAGGGGCGGAGGGGUGCAUUUGGGCAGGACCAGCCCCGUCCUGCAGAUCCGCCGCGGCGGUGGCAGCGGAGCCGGGCGGAGGACGGAGGCGUAUCUGAGCGGCGAGGGAGGCGGCAAGGGGGAAGGGAGCGAGGGCCGCCGGAAAGUGAAGGCGCCGCCUAGCAGAGGCAGGGGAGUCUCGAGAGGCAGAGUGUUGAGUUUGAAUGUGCCGAUGUGUAUUGGUUAUCGUCACAAUCUGAGUUGCAAAAGCGAUGAGAACAGCGCGCUUGGUGUCGCCGCCGCCGCGGCCGCGGACGCCGGCGGUCAGGCCGGAGGCGCCGUCGCCGGUGAAGGUGCACGUAGAGGUCAUUUGUUUAACAUCAAGAGUCUGUUUACCAAAAAAGUUUAUUGA